GGUCAUUGGGAGAGCGCCCAUGUGCAUCUCCUCGUCGGCUCCUUCUCUGAGAUGGGCACAACAAGGAGGAAGGUGCCCCGCGGCGCAAGAAGCGACUAUUUAACCCGGGGCUCGGUGAUGCUGCUCAGCACAGUAAGUGUGCAUCCUCCUCGGACCCAGCUCACCAGGCAGGCCGGGCCAUGGAGGAUUGCUUUCUGGAUUUCGACCACAAUGCGGCUGGGGAGCUGGCUUUCUGGGGUCAGUUGGACUCACAUGCUCAGCUCCAGAGCCAGUGGGACGGCCUGAAUUUGGAAUGCCCUCCCGUCAGUGACCAGCUGUCUCCAUGGUCGUCCUACUCGUGCCAGUCCGCCUUCCCCGAGGCGCAGUUUGCCUUGCUGGACCUGGACCUGCAGUCUUUGCAAAUCGAGGGCAGUGCUGGAGAGGACAGCUCCUGCCCUGAGGAGCCGCACUCUCGGAAACGCCGCCAACGCCGGCUCAUCCCUGCUCACCCUUACAAAGCGCAGAGGUACGCGGCCAAUAUUCGGGAGAGGAAACGGAUGCUGAGCAUCAACUCCGCCUUCGAAGAGCUUCGGUGUCACGUCCCGACCUUCCCGUACGAGAAACGCCUGUCCAAGAUCGACACCCUGCGGCUGGCUAUCGCCUACAUCGCUCUCCUCCGUGAAAUCCUGGUGUCCGGCUGUGAGCCUAAGGCUUAUCUGGAGCAAUGCCUGCAAAGCGGCUAUCAGAGCAAGAACGAUGCAAUCUGGAACACUAGCGAUCUAACAGCCCGUCUUUCUUGGAUAAAGUGGGAUUAGUGCUAUUUGGGGCUUCCCCAGCAUCCUGCGGUGACAUCACGCCCGGGGACCAGAUGCUGCUUCCCAGCGCUGUGGGCGCCACUGCGCCUGCGCGGCUUAGCCCAUUAAAGAGAGGCCGAAACUCCAGAACGUCUCACAAUGGACGUAGCAGAGCUUCCAGUCUGUCUUAAAUCUCUCUCUCUGUAUCUCUAUCCAAGCUGUGAUUAACAUUACGAUCAAUUUAGUUUCAAGCAGACUUUAAUUUGCAUUGGCAACGCUGACAGCUAAAUAAUGCUUUAAUCGAAGAUUUUGAUUUUGCAAUUUAAUAUUGAAGGUCCGCCUCGUAGCAAACUCCUCACUCUAGCAUGCCCAAAGCCCACUACACUGAAAUUGCCUAUUUGCAAAUAGGUGAGGUUGGGGAUGUGAGGGUAAAGAUGGUGAAAGGAAAAGGCGCAAAAUCCCAGCUUUUACUUUAUCACACUGGACUGGAUAUUUUUUUUAAAAAUACCGAAAGUACUGCGGAUGCUGUAAAUCAGAAACAUAAACAGAAAUUGCUGGAAAAGCUCAGUAGGUCUGGCAGCAUCUGUGAAGGCAAAUCAGAGUUAACGUCUCAGGUCCGGUGACGCUUUCUCAAAACUUGAGUCCACCCGAGCCGAAACGUUAAGUCUGAGUUUUCUUCUUCGCAGAUGCUGCCAGACCUGCUGAGCUUUUCCAGCAACUUUGUUUUUGGACUGGAUAUUUGCCUGCACAUCAAAUAAAAGUACUUUAUAAAUAUUCCAGACUUCGCCUGUAAAAGGAAACUGGGUCGAGGUUUUAUAUUCGUUUGGUGUUUACUUUCGGUCCAUCCUUCUGUGGUAUGCUUAGUUGUUUUUGUUUUUAUUUCCUGUCUCACGUAUGUCCUGUUUCUGUGCUGUCUCCACGGCUACAUUGAUUUUAUCCUUUUUUUUGUUGUUCUGUAUUUCGCCGCUUGUGCCACAGCUUAAGAGAACGUUAAAAGGGGGGUUUUAAUCUGAAGAGCAGGGUCAUUGUUGGCAAAACACAACUUUCACGGAACCGUCAGCUCCUGGAAAUAACAGUAAUCGAAAACCAGAUAUAAGUCCGGCCCCGGGAUGAAUGUAUCGAGCAACUGUAUAUAUUAGAGUCAUGUAUUUAAUAAUCGUUUCAAAUAAAAUUGUAUCUCUUUUUUUUAAAGAAAGUUUUGAUAAAUUAACAAAAACGGCAGAAGAUCAUUAAAACACGUUGAGGUCACGACUAAAUGAGGUCAAAGAAAAUCAACGUGAAUUCUAAACCAGAAACAGAAAUUGCUGGGAAAUGUCAGCAGGUCUGGCUGUAUCUGUGGAGAGAAAUCAGAGUUAACGUUUCGGGUCCAGUGACCCUUCAUCGGAACUGGAGGAAUUCUGUGAAAGAGAAUUCUGUCUCCCUCAAAGCUCAGGCAGGACGAAUUGUAACCGCCGAGAAGCUAUAUUGAGGAAAGACGUAGCGGAAAAAGAUUGGUCUGUUUUAAACAAUUUAUCUGUACUGCCGACCGGUUCUAAAGUUCCGAUGUUACAGGAUUUUAAAUUCACAUACCGGAGGAUUCGUUCGGCCUCUCCAGCAGUGCCUCACUGAAGAACACUUGCUGUUCAUUCAGACCAGAGACAUUUAUUGGAGCCCUGUUCCCCCUUUAUGGACGCUGCCUGUCCCGUUGAACAUUGCCUGCGCUCGCUGUUUUACUAGUCUAUCAACCCUCACGCAGAGACCUGCGGCGGCGUGUGUGGGAAAGAUAGGACGUAGGAGAGUACAGCACGUUACAGGCCCUUCGGCCCACGAUGUUGUGCCGAACUUUUACCCUAAACCUAAGGUCUGUCUAACCGCCACCCCUCCCUUAUACUAUCAUCCAUAUGCCUAUCUAAUAGCCGCUAAAAUGCCCCUAAUGAGGUUGACUCACUCCCCUCUCCGGAAAUGCAUUCCACGCCCUUACCACUCACUGUGUAAAGAACCUACCUCUGAUGUCUCCCCUAUAUCGACCUCCACUCACUUUAAAACUAUGCCCCCUCGUAAUAGUACCUCCACGCUAGGAAAAAGAUCUUAUGGAGCAGUCGAUCGUUAAAUGGGGAUUCUGCAGAUCUUGCAGGAAAACACAAUCUCAAUUUUUAAAAAAAGAAAUAAACCACCCAGCCUUAGAGACGGUGCAGAGAAACAUGUCGCUCAUUUCUCCAGGAGGUUUUAGACUGCAUCCCUAUUCUGGGGAUAGGUACAUAGGGCUGGGGAGGGGGAUGUAGGGAGUGUCCGUACUACCGCAGUUGCAACAUGUAAAGUAACAAGAACAUCAGUGUGAACAUGAGAAGCACCCCUGUGCACAGGUCGCUAAGGUCUGCUGGCUCCGGGUCUGUCAGCUCAAGUCUAUUAGAAAGGGUUUUGUGCCCAGUCAGGACAGAAGACAGAGGGCACACAAAAACCUCCCACUUCGCGUUUUGCGCUUGCAAUCUGCUUUCGAUUGAAACGAAAAUUGAAUUGCUUGGUGCGUAAAUGAUUAGAAAGUCAACAAAUUGAUAAACAGAAACGAUUUUCCAACGGGCCAAACGAAAGUAAAAUGGUGCCAAGAGGAAAAAUACUAAUUAACGCGGCGGAACCUUGUGGAAUUCGAAUGCGCAAGACAGGGUAACUGAGCCCGAGCCAAUUAAUUGGCCAGUUCGGUUCCCGAAUACUAAACGCUUCAGUCGGCUGCACACACUUGCUCUUUGUCACGUUCUCUUGUAUGUCAGUGUCCGACUGUGUGUGUGUUUUGCGGGGAGUGUGGAUGAUCGGCUGCCUGUGGAUGUGACUGCUUGAGGGCGUAUGCGAUAGCGUAUGGAGGUGUUUGAUGA